AUGGCCUCCCUCAUUCUACGACCGCCCACCUUUUCCUCCGCCAAAGUGCCACCGGAAUACCGAAAUCCAUCGAUUCCCUGGCUCAGCGAGGAAUGGCACGUCACGCACUCCACGCUGCCCAUGUGGAAGAGUAAACGCAACGUGCGCAUCAAGUACACGGCUCUCGAACCCAACGAUCCUUCGGUAGCGAAAGAGAACACCGACCGCCUCGACGACCUCGUCACAUAUCAAAGCCUCAAGAGCGACAAGGUGUCCAAAGUCGAGGGUGUGGAUAAGGUUGCUGGAGCGGGGGACAGCAGAGGGGAAUGGGACUGGCGGGGCAAAGGGUGGCUGAUGAUUGCGAGCAGCCAUUGGGAGAUUCUGAGUUGGGGCGAAGAGGAGGGCACGGGGAACAAGUAUGUGGUGACGAUGUUUGCGAAGACCCUGUUCACCCCGGCCGGGAUCGACGUGUACUCAAGAGAUCGGGGUGGAGUAAAGCGUGAGACGCUGGAGGGCAUCAAGGGGGCGCUCGCAGAGGUGCAGGAUGACAGUGUGAAGAAGCUAGCGGGGGAGAUCUUUGAGAUCAAGAUUGACGAUAGUAGGUAG